CUUUAACAUAGACUUACGACUGUCGUAGCGCUACGAUCGCUUUGAGGAACGGGGCCCUGGAUCCUGUAUUCCUGCCGUUGACUGUGAACAUUGGACACGUUGAUCUUCAACAUUUAGGGUUUCUUUUAACUUCGUCCAUCGUCUACGAUAAGCACAUUGGGGGUGGGGGUGGGGUGUUUAUGAUUUUCAGCGCAUCAUAAAAUCACAGACCCUCUGCCCCUAGGGAAUGUCGGACAACUCCAUUUAUGCCAUGAUUAGGUUUUUUUCCGGAAUAUUCUCACAACUCUCUGGCGACCACGGUACCCUUUUGUAAUAAAUUAGAAUUUACCUCGUCUGUUCUGAAAGUGAUCGUUUGGCUUACGUACGUUUGCCAUAUAUAUCUCGCGAAUCACUACCCUCUCAAAACUAAUGUCUACCAUCGUCAGUCUGCGAGCGUAUGUUCGGAUCUUCUGAAAUAACAUGACGACACAGUAUUUUAUCGUUAUAUCUUUAAAUUCACAACUCCUCUUUCUACAUUGUUCUUUUCAGAGUCUUUUGUAUUUGCUCCUUUUUUUCUUUGUUUAUUUCCAGGAUAUAAUUUUAACAACGAAAACCAGACAGCGACAGUGUGAAACACUCCUGGAGAAACUUACACUGCACGACAAAUGGUGGAUCCAUUUUACUGAAGCUCUAGAGAAAUGCGGGAAAGAAUCGCUGGCCUCCCUUUUCAAAGAUGAACUGAAAAGGAUAGAAUCAGAAAAUCAAAAACUCAGCAAAGGAAAGCGACACACUCCAUCACACAACAGACACAGAAGCAGAAGAAGUCUAACGGAUGCUGAUUCAGCCUCACCAUCUGCAUCUUCAACAGCCUUGCGAUGUCCCCGCAGGCAAAGAGAUUCAGAUGAUUUGUCUUCAGGGAGCUCUGCGGACAAUAAUCCAACUGGACUUCCCGUCAGGGCCUAUCAACCAAGGCAGACUGGUGCAUCAACCUGUGGACGGAACUUGGAACAAAACGGACCAGUUCCUAGUGGGCAGAUCCUAAAACGUAAAGAUGACAUAUGUUUGGAAUGUGACAGUUCUGACAAUAGUCAACGGACAUAUACACUAGACACGCCUUUGAGACAGGCUCCAGCUAAAUUGGCCAUGAGCGUAUACCGACAUCUAGAUUCUAAAACCAGGACGGGAAACUACGAGGAACUAGCUGGUGAAUUAGGGUUUAACCUUGAAGACCUAACAACCUUUGUUAACACCGAAAGUGUUAUUCAGCUUUUCUCACAAAAAUAUCCCGAGAAGAGUACAUUCCGUGUCCUCAUGGAAGCUCUCCAUAAGAUGGGGAGAAAGGAUGUACUGGAGGACAUCAAACAGCACAUCGGUCUGGUUUGUCAGGUAAAGGAGCAGGACAAUGAACUGCAUGACACGUCAACCAGGACAUUGAACAGAACCUGCGAGAGAAUGCUUGGGAAGGUUGCUGAUCGGUGUGACGAUGUUCCUGAUGACCCAGGUGUUAUCCCUUCUGAUGUCACGCAUGCAGGAUAUCAUGAUGGGUUUGGCAUCCCCUCUAACGUUAGCCAAAUGAAAUUCAAUGCACCAACAGCUAAUCCAAGCGAGGCUAUCACCAACCCGGCCAAGAAGACUGUUCAUGACAAGACAUCAGAAAACAGGGUAAUUGAAGAUGAUUUAGCUACAGCUGUUCGCUUAGAAGAAGGAGUGAUGGCUCUGUAUGGACAAAAGACAGAAGAGUAUAAUGGGGAAGAUGACAAAAGAAUUGCCACCAAUGGUAUGUCAGAAAUACCAGGUAAUAUUGAUGAUGGCGCAAAACCUCCACCCAUCCCUAAGGUAUUACCAGGCGAUUCUGGUACAGGGGCAAGACCAAAACUAUACUCUGCUAAUCACGAUCAAAGGGAAAUUUAUCUUCCUCCUGACGACAUAAAUGGCAGACCAACACGGAAACAACUGUCACAUGGAAGAUCCAACGGAACAAGAAGCCCUUCUCUUGGCGAGACUGUCUCCUACCUCCGCGCACCAAACCGUGAGGACACUGAACAUGGAGACCAGGCACUAGUGCCCACUCGGGGAAGACAAUUGUCGCGACAGUGUACAAACAUUCCCAACUUCGAUGAUAUACUUCCCACAAAUGUGGAAAUUAAGGAAAAGGGAGAUUGUAGGGAAAAUGGUACCUCGGAACCUAAAUUCGCCGACUGCUAUUCUUGGAGUCAAUAUUCUGAAAAUGCAAGUGUCCAUGACAGACUUGCACAGGAAGUCCUCGAGAAGGAACACCUCAGGGGUGGGGAUCGACUGGAGUUCAAUGGUUCAGAUGGAACCAGAGCAGCAGCCCCAGAUGACACCGCCAUAGAUCACCAUAGUAACCACACCCGGGGAGACAAUGGACCAAUCCAAGAAAAAUUUGAUUUGGGAAAAACUCGGAUGAACCUUGGUCCAUGUCUUUCAAUUGACGACAGUGAGUCUGAAUCAUCAUCUGCAGGUCAUGGCGAUGAGGGCAUGGUCACUGGUAAUGGUUCUGUGGGUAACUCAGGUUUGGUGAAUCAACAGCUAUCUGCUGGUGAGGAACGGAAAAAGCCGCCCUUCCUUCCCAACUGGAAAACUUUAUUUUUGAAACUGUCUUUACAAUUACAUGAUUGCAUGUAUACAAACACUCUUCCAAACUGGCAAACUUAACAAGAGAACUUGAUUGAUGGAUGGACAGAAUAUCUAUGGGCCACAAGCAAAGGAUGUGAAAUACAUUCCUUGCUUCAAAAUGAAAGCAUGCGUCCUGCUUAAGAGGUGAUGAAUGUAAAUCUUUACUACCCUUUCCUCAUAUCAGUCGUCUUCUACGACAAGCGAAGCUAUUGAUGACUUCACAACUGGGUGACGGGUAUAUGUUCGGUCCAGUACACUC